CCAAACACUACAUGUCCCACCAUCCUCUUUUCCAAGCUCAUUUUGACAGGAGGAAAAACUAGCUCUGGCGUUUUUUUCUCUCCUCGUUGGUGCUCAGCUCGAUAUAAACGAUCUUUCAUGACAACAUGGCUGCUCUCCUCCUGGAUGAUAUGGUCUAAGGAAGAACUGUGAGACGAAAGGAAAGCAGCCACCAGAGCAGCGCAGCGACACCGUCUGUCCACUGUGUCUGUGGACUUUCCUCCCGUGGAUCUGUGGGACUUCAGACGCAUCAUGUUCACAGCAGUGCUGGUUGCCGUGGUGAUUGGAGGAUUGAUUUUCUUUUUAGUUCAGAGGAGCAGGAAGCAGGUUCUGGAGACAGAGAAUGGCUGGUGGGGACCUGGAGCGCCCCCUGAUGCUGAGGAAGACAUCACCAUCCGCUCCUUUAAAGUAACCACCAGUGAUGAAGAACAGGAGGACCUUUACAGGAGGAUAGACCAAACCCGUCCUGUGUCCUCACUGGAGGACAGCCAGUUUAACUAUGGCUUCAACUCCCACUACCUUCAGAAGGUGGUGGCUUACUGGAGAAAUCACUUUGACUGGAAGAAACAAGUGGACAAACUUAACCAGUACCCACAUUUUAAAACCAACAUUGAAGGCAUUGAUGUCCACUACGUACACGUGAAGCCCAAGAGCGUGCCAGAGGGGACAUGUGCUAUUCCCCUCAUAAUGGUCCAUGGGUGGCCCGGCUCAUUCUAUGAGUUCUAUGGGUUGAUCCCCCUGUUAACAGAGCCUUCAGAUCAAGGCGACCUUGUGUUUGAGGUGGUGUGUCCCUCCAUUCCAGGCUACGGCUUCUCUGAAGCACCACGGAAGAAAGGUUUUGAUUCAGUUUGUGCUGCACGCAUCUUCCACAAGCUGAUGAAACGUCUGGGCUUCCAGCAGUUCUACGCCCAUGGGGGAGACUGGGGCUGGCUGGUCACCACAAACAUGGCUCAGCUGGAGCCCAAAACUGUUAAAGGUUUGCAUGUAAACUUUGCACCGCCCUCCAAGCCGGGGUUGCUCAUGGUUUUGUCAAUCAUGCUCGGCCGCCGCUUCCCAAAGCUUUUUGGAUUCACUGAAAUGGAUGUUGAGCGACUCUAUCCUUGCAUGGAGAAACUGGUGGUGGAAUCCAUCAAAGAGUCCGGCUAUAUGCACAUCCAGGCAACUAAACCGGACACAGCGGGUCGUGGGCUGAAUGACUCCCCUGUUGGUCUGGCUGCCUACAUCCUGGAGAAGUUUUCUACAUGGACAGAUCAUGACUUCAGGAACCUGGAAGAUGGAGGACUAACAAGGAAGUUCUCUCUGGACGAUCUGCUCACCAACGUCAUGAUCUACUGGACUUCCGGCUGCAUCAUUCCUUCAAUGCGGUUCUAUAAGGAAAACGUUGGCAAAGGUUUGGAUGCGCCCCAUGCUAAGAUACCAGUCUACGUUCCCACUGGCUUUGCCUGCUUCCCCAAUGAGCUGAUGCACACGCCCAAGCUGUGGGUCAAACAGAAAUACCACAACCUCAUCAGCUUUUCUCCCAUGCAGCGUGGAGGCCAUUUCGCUGCCAUGGAAGAGCCACAGCUGAUGGCAGAGGAUAUCCAGAAGUUCACAAAAACAGUGGAGAAGAAGAUGAAGAAGCAGUAGAAGGUUGAUGGAUAAGUUGUAAAAUGUCUUCUUCUACAUUUGGGCUGAAGAGGAGGCAACAUGCCAGCCAUGUUCUCCCUGCUUGUUGUGAAACAUGUUAGUGAAAUAGAAAAAAAUAUAUUUUGGGCAUGUAAUAUUUAAAUACCCACACACAUCACACAUUUGUCAAAUGAAAGCAGCUGAAUAACUACAGACAGAUGAGAUUUAGGCACACUAGUACUCUGCACUAUUCUGGACUGUGAGCUCAGCUUCUUUAUGGCGUUUAUAUCACAUAGGAGGAAUAUUCUUUGCUUAUAGAGUAAGACUGUCCUUAUUCAGCAUGUACCAUUGUAAGCUCUAUUCUACUAGCUCAAAGCUAAUAGAAAAUGUUGCAUAACUCACUUAUCUCUAAAGUCUGCAUUACCAAAUCAGGCUCUCCUUGUAACAUCGAGUAGAGAAAUGCGUUGGGUUUAGAGCUGUUUUGGGCUGGCAAUCCAGCUGUGUUAUUAAUAAUUGGGCACUUCAAUCACUACAGCCUGUGGUGUUGAAAAGAGCUCAGUAAGCAGCUGCAGACAGGAUGUCAGGGGGCAGACAGUGUUAUUGUGUUGACAGCAUAGACAAGGUGCCAAGCAUUCCUCUGACUGAUAGCAGGAGACCUCUGCACUCAGGUCACAGCUGACCUAAAUAUUCACAUCAUGUUUAAACAUUUCCUACAUAAAUACACAGGCUGAAAAACACAGAAACGCAAUGAUAAACACAUCGAUCAAUAUCACCCAGAAAAAAUAAAACUUUGAACAUAUUAAACUUAAAAAAACUUGAAUAUACCAUACUUAUCUAGAAAUGUAAUUAAAAGCAGUGACACUGUUCUGCUAAAGCCAUAAUUAAAAGUAUGUUCUUGACUUCACUCCACA